CCCCACCCUGGCCACGUACCUAUCAGGUCCGGAGUCCUUUUGCCUACCCUUCCUGGGUACUGUACCGCUCUCACAGGAUGCCGGGUACAAAGAUACAGAUACGCCGCGAUCUGCGCGACGCUAUACUCUGACUCAUCCAAGGAAGGAAAUUAUCACCUAUCUUCCUUAUGAGCGGAGUGUCGUAAUCAUCUGGUGUCAUCGAAGAAGGCUGCAUACACAUGUGAAGGGGUGACUUGCAGCCAUGCAACAUCGCUAAGACUGGCCGAGGAUUCGUUGGUACUGUACGUAGUAGUAGCGCCGAGUUUGGACACAUCUGGAGCACAGGGACCACUCGCCCUGCAUGGUCCUUCGAGGUUCUGCAUCAGUGCGGAAUUACGAUCUUUACCUAGGUAUAGGUCUAUUUUUGGCUUCAGUUACCACGACAAGAACGGCAUCGUUACCGAUCACUCAUCGUCGUCGGCACCUGAACCUUGAAACAGUGAGUGACCAUCGUUUUAGAUUAACUUACUUACUAAUGGACCAUGACGAUGUACCCGUGCUGUGCCCAGGAUCAGACCAUCGAUGGGAAAGCCCGGUGGCUUACCUGGGGGCCGGAGGCGAUGAGGUAGGUAGGCGAGUAGGUACCUACCCGAUCAAUCUGUACUCGGGUACUCGGGUGUGGGUGAUCACGUGGUGUUGGAUGGUGGCUUGCAUGGCCAACAAGCUUAAAAGUUCCCUGCUAGUACAGUAUACUCGGCAUAGUAUUCCGCCUUUUCUUAAAGGCACACUUGACAGGCAAGAUGCAGACCACUAGUUUUGCUUGUACUAAAUAGGGAAUAUAUUCCUUGAAAAGAUAGAUAACACUCUCCCCCAGCCCUACAUUAGCCACCUAAUUAUAAGCACCUGUUCA